AUGAGCCUCAAUUGCUCCCUGUGGCAGGAAAACAGCUUGUCUGUCAAACGUUUCACAUUUGCCAAAUUCUCCGAGGUCGCAGAACAAUGUUUCCUUCUCUUCACCCUCAUCCUCCUCAUGUUCCUAGCAUCCCUGACGGGCAAUGCCUGUGGCCCCUGUGAGAUUGACCAUUUCUUCUGUGACCUCCCCCCUAUCCUGGCGCUGGCCUGUGGAGACACAUCCCACAAUGAAGCUGCUGUCUUUGUGGUUGCUGUCCUUUGCAUUUCCAGCCCAUUUGUGUUGAUCCUUGCUUCCUAUGCUAGAAUUCUAGUGGCAGUGCUGGUCAUGCCCUCACCUGAGGGCCGCCACAAAGCUCUCUCCACCUGUUCCUCCCACCUACUCGUAGUAACCCUAUUCUAUGGCUCAGGGACAGUCACCUACUUGAGGCCCAAGGCUAGUCACUCACCAGGAACUGAUAAACUCCUUGCUCUCUUCUACACGGUGGUGACGUCCAUGCUGAAUCCCAUAAUUUAUAGUUUGCGGAACAAGGAAGUGAAGGCAGCCCUGCGGAGAACUCUGGGAAAGAGGGAAGUUUUGUCCCAUGGAUAG